CUCUUUUUGUGCUUCCUCCAUGCACCAGGCCUAAAACACCCCCCACUCAGCUCUCUCUCCCUCUCUCUAGUUAUCUCUCUUUCUAUAAGCUCUCUCUCUAGCUGUUUCCCAUCACAGCUUGAAAUCACUCUCUCUCUCUCUCUCAUCACCAGGCCUAAAGGCUCUGACUCUUUUUCUGCAUCCCUAUCACAUUCUUGUAUUUAAUAAAGAAAUGUGGCCUCUUUCCCUUUGCAUUGCCACCCUGGUUGCCAUAUGGGUCACUUAUUGGGUUUACAGAUGGAGAAACCCAAAAUGCAAUGGGAAACUACCACCAGGUUCAAUGGGUUUUCCCCUCAUUGGAGAGACCCUCCAAUUCUUCUCUCCUAACACUACCUCAGAUAUCCCCCCAUUCAUCAGGCAAAGAAUGAAUAGGUAUGGCCCAGUAUUCAGGACCAGCUUGGUGAGUAGGCCUGUAAUAGUCUCUACAGACCCUGAACUCAACCAUUUAAUCUUUCAACAAGAAGGCAAGCUCUUCCAAAGUUGGUAUCCAGAUACUUUUACAGAGAUAUUUGGACGCCAAAAUGUGGGAUCACUCCAUGGAUUUAUGUACAAGUAUCUGAAGAGCUUGGUUUUGAAUCUCUUUGGUCCUGAGAGUCUUAAAGAGAAACUCCUGCCUGAACUUGAACUGGCCGCAUCGAGAAAUCUCCAAACAUGGGCAACCCAAUCGAGUAUCGAUUUGAAAGAAGCCACUGCCACUAUGAUAUUCAAUCUGACUGCAAAGAAGUUGAUCAGUUAUGAUCCAACCAAGUCAUCAGAGAACCUGCAGAAAAACUUCGUAGCAUUUGUUGAUGGCCUGAUUUCAUUUCCUCUAAACAUUCCUGGCACUUCCUAUCACAAAUGUUUACAGGGUCGACAAAAAGCAAUGAAAAUGUUAAAGAAAAUGCUAGAGGAGAGACGUCGAGAACCAGAGAAAGCCCAUGGAGACUUCUUUGAUUAUGUACUGGGAGAAUUGAAGAAGGAAAGGUCCGUUCUAACAGAAGAGAUUGCCUUGGACUUGAUGUUCGUUCUGCUAUUUGCAAGCUUUGAGACAACAUCCUUGGCCUUGACAUUGGCUGUAAAGUUCCUCUCAGAUCACCCAAAAGUACUAGAAGAAUUAACGAAAGAGCAUGAGGCAAUUCGUCGUAACAGGGAGAACCAAUGUUCUGGGCUGACCUGGAAAGAGUACAAAUCCAUGAUCUUUACCUCACAGGUCAUCAAUGAGACAGUGAGGCUGGCUAAUAUAGUACCAGGGAUAUUCAGAAAGGCGUUGAAGGAAAUUGAGUUUAAAGGACAUACUAUUCCAGCAGGCUGGGCAGUUAUGGCCUGUCCUCCAGCUGUACACUUGAAUCCUUCAAUGUACCCAAAUCCUCUUGCCUUUAAUCCAUGGAGAUGGGGGGGUGUGGAAUCAAAUGGUGGGUCAAAGAAUUUCAUGGCAUUUGGUGGUGGGUUGAGGUUCUGUGUUGGAACGGACUUCACCAAGAUACAGAUGGCAGUCUUCCUUCAUUGUUUGGUCACUAGAUACAGGUGGAAGCCAAUCAAGGGAGGUGACAUAGUCAGGACACCUGGUUUGCAAUUUCCAAAUGGUUUUCAUAUUCAGCUAGAGGAUAAAGUGUAAUGGAUGAGAGUCGAAUUCAUCAUAACACCAGCAUCAUAAGUUCCCUGACCUCUUAGUACAAGUGGUCCAGAACCAUUCACAACAGAGGCUCCCUAUUAGGAGCCUAUGUU